ACCGGCCAACGAGAAAAAUAAUCUUAAAACGACACAAAAACCUUAUCCUCUAUUUCCACGCAAUUGUCAUACAACAAAAUACUAACCGUUAGAUGAAAACCAUUAGUUACCGGUCAUUAAAUCGAACGGUUCAGGAUCUAUUGAGCUGUCUAUUAGUAACAGUUAACGAGCCCAGACAGAGGAAGACCUGGUAUUGUUUUUGUUUUGGUGUUUUGGGCUUACUUAUUGCUUUUGCUUUUAAAAAUCCCUUUGAGAAAGUUGUUUUCUUUCAUUUCUUCUUCUUCAACCAGCAGACGCUAGAGAGAGAGAGAGAGAGAGAGAGAGAAACUCACUUUUUUCAAAGGGAAAAGCAAAAGCAAUUCAAAGCCUCAACCUUUAACAAAAACAAACGCCUACUUCUCAUCUUUUUCUCAUUUCCAAAGCUUUUUUUUUUUUCUCUAAGGUUUUUGCUUCUUCUUCUCCUUUUUCUUGUGGGAAAUUAUGGCUGAUGUUUUGAGCCAGGCUAAUCUGUUUUCUUCUUCUUCCUCUUCAUCUUUUAAUGUUUACAAAAACCAUCGGAAAAAUAGCUCUUGCAGGCUAAAAGGGUUCCCCGGGAAAGUGAAUCAUCAGGCUUUGAGAUUACAAACGACAUCGCUUGGCAGUGAUUUUCAUGGAAAGAGGGUUGUUCUUCAAGAAAAUAUAGGGAAACCCAAAAGAGGGAUUUAUCUUCAAAGGUCAAUUAGGGCUCAGCUUACUGGCCUUAGACUCAAGAAUGCUCCAACAUGGUGGGCGAAGGGAUUGCAACCCAACAUGAGGGAGGUGACCUCUGCUCAAGACCUUGUGGACUCCCUCUUGGACGCUGGCGAUAAACUUGUCAUUGUUGAUUUCUUCUCCCCUGGUUGUGGUGGCUGCAAGGCUCUCCAUCCCAAGAUAUGUCAAUUGGCAGAGAUGAGCCCAGAUGUGCAGUUUCUUCAGGUGAAUUAUGAGGAUCACAAAUCCAUGUGUUAUAGCCUCAAUGUCCAUGUGCUUCCCUUCUUCAGGUUUUACCGAGGGGCUGAAGGCCGGGUAUGCAGCUUUAGCUGCACUAAUGCCACGAUCAAGAAAUUUAAAGAUGCACUGGCCAAGCACUCCCCAGACCGAUGCAGCCUCGGGCCAACAAAAGGGCUGGAGGAAAAAGAGCUUGUUGCUUUGGCUUCCAACAAAGAUCUCAACUUCACACGUACACCGAAACCAGACCAGCCAACAACGCCAGCUCCUGUUGAGGAAGAGAUGGUACCAGCACUUCCCCAAUCUCAUUUGAAUCCAACCCUACCUCUACCCCUACCUCUACCUCUUCCACUUGCCGCAACAAGUCUGAAAUCUGGUCAAGACUCGGAGGAGAAAACCUUGGUCGGAUCCGGGAGAUGAUGGUUCAGCGUUCACCGACUCCUCUCUACACACCUUGUACAGUUCUUGUUUGUGUCAUGUAACAUCCAUGUUACGAAGUAUUCAAAGUAGUAAAGUCUAUAUGUGUGUUCAUACAGAAUUGCAGGCGUUUGGAUUUAGUUUUUUUGGAUCCCAGCCUGCCUGCCUUGCUUGUACGAGGAGUCUAUAGGAUGUAAAAACCACAACAUGAGUUGUUUGUAUCGGAUCUGUAGCAUUAAAAUAUUAUUUGCUACAUUAGUAGUAUUAUGUUUCUCUUUCUUCUUUU